UUCUCUAAUCUCAAGUUCUUAUUUCUAGCCAACCAACCACAAACUGUGAAGUGUGAAGAGUUUCCACUUUCCAUUUCAAGAAUAUAACACUUAUGGGGGCUAUAAAAUCAGCCAUGGGAGAUGCAAUCUUAACAUCAGUAUGGGUCUUCAGCCUCUCAUCACAAAGGAUUAUCUCAUCAGAGAUAUCUUCCUUUCUUGGAUUCAAACCAUUCACACUUCCAUCACUAUUCCUCUCAACAAUCAUAAACUCCAUCAUAGUCUUCACCAUAACCUCCAUUGGAAGGCUCUUAGGUGGUGCAAGCUUCAACCCUUCAUCCACAGUUUCAUCCUACUUCUUAGGCCUAAGGCCAGAUUCAUCACUCUCAUCAUUGGCCAUAAGGUUCCCUGCUCAAGCACUUGGUGGGGCCCUUGGUGCAAAAGGGUUACUUUCUGUGGUGCCCCCACAGUAUAAGAUUUUGCUGAAAGGUCCUUACUUGAAGGUGGAUUUACACACUGGUGCUUUUGCUGAAGGAGCAUUGGUUUUUGCACUUAACUUGGCUAUACUCAUUAUUGUUAUGAAGGGUCCUAAGAAUCCUUUCUUGAAGGUUUAUAUGAUUUCUUUGACAACUUUGACUUUGGCUAUUUGUGGUUCUGGUUACACUGGACCUUCUAUGAACCCUGCAAAUGCAUUUGGUUGGGCUUAUAUGUAUAAUAGGCAUAUGAAUUGGGAGCUGUUUUAUGUCUAUUGGAUUUGUCCUUUUAUUGGGGCAUUUUUUGCUGCUUUGGUUUAUAAGGCUCUGUUUAUGUCACCACCAGAGAUGAUGAAGAAGCAGAAGAAAGCUUGAGACUUGAGACACCACAAUUGUUAGUCAAGUAUUUUUCUUCACAUUUUAAUUCAUGUUUCUUUUCUUAUACUAUUUGCUAUACAUUUUAAUUCAUGUUUCAUUUAUGAUUAAAGAUUUCCAUGUUCUAAAGUUUAAGCAAUUUUGGAGCAUGCAUUAAAUGUGCUCUAAGCCCAAUUCAUGUUUUUGAUGAAUUGGUCAGUUUCAGUUGCAUUGAUGUGCAUGCAAAUAUUAAUGUCAAAGCUGCUAAAUUGUACACAUUUACAAAUACAACCCAUGUGAUUAUCUGAAAGGUGAAAUUCUAUGGCAAAAAUGGGGAUAACCACUAGCUUUGAUUUGUUGCAAUCUGUUUCAGAGACAAUAAUAUGAUACAUCAUACUAAAA